CCCAAGUUCUCCCCACAACGUUAACAAGGAGUUCGCCAAGAACGCUCCUCAACACCGACCAACAUACACUACAAUACCUCUGGCGCAGCGCCGACCUCCGUAAAACAAUCGGUAUUCCUACAAGCAGUGUUGCUUUCCCUUCCCUGGACAAGCAUCUCUUCCUGCGACCGCUCUCAAGCACACAUUCGUAUCCCCCGGCGGCGGCAUGACAGUACAGCUCCACCGCUACCCCGACGAACACGUGAGUUGGUGCGAAUCAUAGCCCGGGACGGCGGCAGUCCUGAUCAUGUCCACCGCGAAUGUCGCCGUCGAUGCGGCCCCCCAGGCCAACGGGCACGACCAGGCGACCUAUUUGUCGCAUGAGCAGCAUCCCAACAUCCACGACGCCGACGCGCUCUCCAGACCGACCGCCCACUCGCAAAGCGACUAUGGCAACCAUCUGAUUGCUCCGACCGCGACUCGCCCGGCGAGAUUCACCGAGGAGUGGGAUGCGAGCCAGCGCGGAAGCUCCAUCGCCGAGGGCCCGGGACCCAGCACCAUGCAACGGCCGACAUCAUAUUCUGGCCGUGCCAGUGGUCUCACGGGUGACGGUGCGGCGUCUAUGUCUCGCGGGAAUACUCUGAGAAAGAAGCCGUCGCUGCGAAGAAGCGCGAGUCUGAAGCGCACAGGGAGCCGUCGGAGCAUGAUGGCCGGAAGCGUCAGGAGCUUGGUACUCCAAUCAGCCACAGACCAGGACGAGAUGCAUAGCGCAUUUUACUGCCCUGUUCCAACGACGUCUAAUCCGACCGAGAUCCUCGCCAAUCGGUUCCAGGCUUGGCGCAAGAUUCUCAAAGAUCUGAUUACGUAUUUCAGAGAAGUUCAGACACAUCACGAGCACCGGGCUAAAUCGUUUCUGAAACUGGCGAACGUGCUAAACAACACUACGGCGCCACCCGGGUUCCUCGCAUCCGGCGGCCUGGACGAUGCCUUGCAGGUCUUGCGGAGCUACAACAGGCAGGCAAUCGCGGAGGCCAACAAGAGCAGGGAGAUUGAAGAGGACGUCAUUCUGGCACUUACAGGACUGAGAAGUGACCUCCACCAAAAGAUCAAGGAAAUCAAGAACCUCUCUGGCGAUUUCAAGAAUUCGGUUGAGAAGGAGAUGGAGAGCACACGUAGGGCCGUGAACCAGCUUCAGGAGGUCCUCGGCCAGUCGGAGCUUGAUCCAGCCCUGGCAACAGGCAAGCAGGACCCAUAUCUGAUGAGGCUUGCUGUCGAUCGACAACUGGAGAGGCAAAUCGACGAGGAGAACUAUCUACAUCAGGCGUACUUGAAUCUAGAGAACUCUGGGAGGGAGCUCGAGUCCAUCGUGGUCGGCGAGAUUCAGAAAGCUUACAACGCCUACGCUGGGAUCCUCAAGAGGGAAUCGGACGCUGCGUAUAAUGCCAUCGAGGAGCUGCGUAUUGGUCCCCUCUCCAUGCCAAAAGACAGAGAAUGGACAGCGUUCAUCCAGAGGGACGAUCGCUUCGUGGACCCCGACCUCCCCAUGCGGUCAGCCGAGUCGAUACAUUAUCCCGGCCGUGACCAUUAUGCCUGCCAGGAGAUACGUGCGGGCCUCCUGGAGCGAAAGAGCAAGUACCUGAAGAGCUAUACCCCUGGCUGGCAAGUUCUCCCCCACUCUGCAAUCAUGCUGCGGGGGGCCCAGGUGUUCUGACUAUCGUGUGGACAGGUACGUUCUGUCUCCCACCCAUCUGCACGAAUACAAAUCCGCGGAUAAGACGCAAGCGCCCGUCAUGUCGCUCUUUCUUCCCGAACAGAAGCUAGGGUCCCACUCCGCCGAGGGCAGCUCGUCCAACAAGUUUGUCCUCAAAGGCCG